AUGAGGGCGAACGCUCAUCGUAAAAAAAUGAGAUGGUUCAACAAGAAGGUGGUCGAGGAGAACACGUUUGCGCUGAAGAUCGAUCUGCACUGCUGGCCCAUGGUCGUGUUCGCCAUUUCAAUCGGUUUGGCCCAGUUCAUUAUAUCAGGAAUCAUGCUAUACCUGACUGCCACCUUGUACGAUGAGGGCUUCAGGAGCAAUCAGUUCCGAAAGGGAGGUGGCAUGAUAAUGAUGGCCUUUGGAGCGACGGGCGCAGUUGUGGGCUUGGCGCUCUCCUUUUCACUGGGCUACCACCUCGCCAGGGUUUUCAUGCUCUCAGCCUCCCUCAUGACGCUCUUCCUGUCGAUCCCCCUAGCUGGCUUCAGGGGCGGCGUCGCUGGGUCCCUAGGCGGGGUGCCAGCUGGAAUCGCAAUUGGAACCAGCAUUUCGGAGAACAUAGGCGGACUACUAAGUGGAGCUGCCGUCGGCCUCCUCUGCGGAAUCCUUCUGGGCGGCGCGCCCAUCUUCUGGAAACUCGACUCGGUGGACAGAUACUUGAACGAGAACUACCACCUCACCACGUACUUGUGCACUUUAAUUUCAAUUUGCAGCAUCUCCGAGACCACCAACCUGUUGAGCACUGACGGCGACGAGUGCGAUAUCGAGUAA